AUUUUUGAUUCCCUUCCUUUUGUCAUCGAAUAUCCAACAUGUGUUUUGCACAAAAAAAUUGGGAAGUCGAUCUUUCUUUGUUUCUUUGUGUGAUUUCUUCAAAAUCCCUAAGCUGAGGUUUGAUUUUGGGAUUUGAGUUUGGGUUUUGAUUCAAAUUCAGCCCCUCAUCAAAUCCUUCAAUCUUAUCUAAUUGGAUAGCAGAAAUUCAUCGACGACGAUAUGAAGAGAUUGAAAUCGAGCGAGGAUCUCAAUUCCUAUGAGAAGAAUGCCAGCAAAGAGUCGAAUCAGAAUCUGAAUCGAUCGUUAUCGUCUCACAGGAGUAGCAGUGGCAGCGGCUUUUACUACAAAUCCUCCUUCACCUCGGAUAACAACGCUCGAAGUAAGAGUAAUCUCAUCUCUCCUUCGUCUCGCUAUGAUCGAGAUCGAUCCAGUGUCGACGAGGAUAGUAACAGGGAGAGGGAUAGGGACGGAUUGAGGCUGGAGAGUGUGAGUGAGGGGAAUAAUGAGGAGGAAAAGGAGGUUGAUGAGUUGCAAGAUGGUGAUAGGAGUUUGCAUAGUGGUGCUAGUGGUAAUAGGGAUGGAGUUGGGGUUGUGGAUGAAAAUGGUUGUGGCAAUGAGGGAGAGUGUGAGAACGAGGAUGGUGAAUUUGAGGAGAGUAGUGAAAAUAGGGUUUUGGAGAAGUCAUUACAAUUGGAAGAGAAUAGGAAGGAUGACAAAGGAAUUGAUCUUGAAAUGAAAAUGGGGAGUGAAUUUGCAGAGUGUGCUAAGGAAGUAGGGGAGGAAAAUGGAGGUGCUAAGGAAAAUAUGGAUGUGGCAGAGGAGGGCUUGAGUCACAAUUUCAAGGAUAAGGGGAAAGGCAUUGCUGUUCCACUGAUUGCAGUUGCGGAUUCUGCAGAGAAUGGCCCGUGGAUUGAAAGGGAAGCGAAAUAUGGGGAUGAUGAUAUGGAAGGACCUAGCACUAGGGGUUUUGAGUUGUUCUCUUGUUCUCCAGUUAGGAAAGUGGAGAAAGCAGAGCAAUCAGGGGUUGGUAAGCUGAAGGAUGAGAAGUUUGUUUUGGAGCCACUUGAUCUUUCUCUUAGCUUACCAAAUGUUUUGUUACCUAUUGGAGCUCAAGAUACGAAUACAGUUCCUGGUUCCCCUAGCCAUGGAAGGAGCUUUCAGUCCUUCAACACAUUUCGCACCAACUCUGAUGGGUUUACAGCAUCCAUGUCCUAUUCUGGUUCUCAGUCAUUUUACCACAACCCUAGUUGUUCCUUGACACAGAAUUCAAUGGACAACUACGAACAAUCUGUUCACAGCAGACCCAUAUUUCAGGGAGCUGAUCAAGGUUCACAAGGAGCUUGGCCAGUGCAGAAUGAGUCAAGGCACGAAGAUCUUCCCAUAAAUCAAAGAAUUUUGAUGAAUGGAAAUGGUUCUCUUCACCAGUCUCAAGCAUUACAGGGUCUUGCAAAUGGAAAAGUGGUGCAUGGACAACAUAUUCGCUCUAUAGAAGGAAGCUCAAAAAUGGCAAAUGGCCUUGAGAGGCAGUUGAGUAUUCAUAAACGCGGUGAUGGUGGGUCCCCUUCACAGAGUGCUGCAUCUCUUGAUGUUGGUUCUAAUUACAGCUUUGAGAAGAAGAGAGCUGCAAUAGGAGAGAAGCAUGUUGGGAGCUUAUGUAGGAGUAGUAGCCAAAAAGAAGAGGAACAACUUCUGAUGGGUGGAGCUGAUUUUGUUGGGACAAUACUCAGCAGCAUAAUUUGUGAUCCUAUCCAUUUAAUGGCUAGGAUGCUUCAUGAAAUGACUGGACAAUCAGUAGCAUGCCUGAAGGAGAGCAUUCGUGCGAUCAUGUUAAAUGCGGACAAGCAUGGGCAGCUAUCUGCAAUUCAAAGUGCACUGCAGAACAGAUCUGACUUAACUCAGGAGGUGUUGCUAAAAUUGCAUCGUGCUCAAUUGGAGAUCUUGGUUGCUUUGAAAACUGGUCUUCCAGAGUAUCUUCAGCUAGAUAACAAAAUUCCAUCUUCCGACUUGGCUGAGAUCUUUCUGAACUUAAAAUGUAGAAAUCACACGUGUGGGAGUCCUUUGCCUGUGGAUGAAUGUGAUUGCAAGGUUUGCUUCAAGAAGAAAGGUUUUUGCAGUGCUUGUAUGUGUCUUGUAUGUUCAAAAUUUGAUAUGGCAUCCAACACUUGUAGUUGGGUUGGUUGUGAUGUUUGUCUUCAUUGGUGCCAUGCUGAUUGUGGAUUGAAGGGAUCUUACAUUAGGAAUGGGCCUAGUGCAAGUGGGGCUCAAGGGGCAACUGAGAUGCAGUUCCAUUGUAUUGCUUGUGAUCAUCCUUCUGAGAUGUUUGGCUUUGUGAAGGAGGUUUUUCAGCAUUUUGCAAAGGAUUGGACACCUAAAACUUUUUCUAAAGAGCUUGAGUAUGUCAAGAGGAUUUUUUCUGGCAGCAAGGAUGUGAGAGGAAAACGACUUCAUGAGAUUGCAAACCAGAUGCUUGCAAGAUUGGCAAAUAAAACUGACGUUGCUGAGGUCUAUAGUCUUAUAAUGGCCUUCUUGACUGAAAGUGAUACUUCCAAACUUGGCACUAGUUCUGCCUUGCCUGAAAAGGAGCUAGGAAAAGGAAACAAUGGUUCUGCUGGGCCUACUCAUGAUAUGCGGCGCAAAUCUGUUCACUCAGAUAAAGCUCCUCCUCAAUUGGAAAGUUCAUCAAGUCUACCUCCUGGCUUCCAUGUGGACUGGACUGAGAAACGCCCUUUUGAGUCAGACUUGCAGAGGAACACUCAAAGGCAAUCAUUUAUGCCUGAACUAGAUAGGUUUAUCACAAUGAAACAGGAGGAGGCCAAAAUGUAUCAAGCACACGCUGAUGAGGCUAGAAGAGAAGCUGAGCGCCUGAAACCAUAUGCAAUGGCAAAGAAUGAAGAAAUUGAAGAAGAGUAUACGAGUAGAAUCACAAAAUUACGUCUGAUUGAGGCCGAGGAAAUUCGUAACCAGAAGUUUGAAGAAUUUCAGGCUCUAGAAAGAGCACAUCGUGAAUACUUUAGCAUGAAGAUGAGGAUGGAAGCAGAUAUAAAAGAUCUGUUGCUGAAAAUGGAAGCCACAAGACGAAAUUUUUCCAUGUGAGAAGCUCAUUAGCAGAGACUUCUAUCUUCAACUCAGGUAAAACCCCUUAGUGUAGAGAUUUGUGUUGUUUAAGGUACACAUCAUGCUUCGAGUUUACUGUAGCUUCUGAUUCUUAGGCGUAUCUUGGGAUCUAG